GUCAAUGACUCGUGACAGUUGACGUCACAUUCAGGUGGAAGUGAAUAAACAUUGCCAAAUACACUACAUCAUCUGAUUUUUACAGUUAAAAGAGGGAAAGACAGUCGAAAUCAUCAUUGUAGUGAAUUAUUUAUAUACAGUCUACAAUUCUGAAAAAUAGCAAGAUGUCGGGAUUAUAUCCAACUUUAGAAGACAUGAAAGUUGACCAAAUGGCACAGGCUCAAUACCAGCAUGAGGCUGCUGCUGCUGGACAAGUCACCUACCCACAACAAGGAGGGUCUCAGCCUCCAACCUACCCACAAGGGGGAUCCCAGCCUCCAGCCUACCCCAUGCAGCAGGGGGCCUCCCUCUACCCAUCACUUGGGAACUACAUGGGUCUGGAACUCACUCCAGCAUUUGUAGAGCAAAACAUGCCUGUAGUGGCUCAUAACAUGCAAGUUGGAGUUCGUACAAAUACAUCAGGACAAAUGCAGGUAGCUCCCAUCACAGGUAAUAACAAAGGACUACAGAGGGCAGAAAUUAAACAGGGCAUCCGGGAGCUUGUCACAUGUAAAGAUGCUGAUGGGAAGAUUGGACUCAGGUUACGGCAUGUCAACAAUGGCCUUUUUGUAGCAUUAGUGCAGAACAAUUUCCCUGCAGCUCUGGCAGGGCUUCGGUUUGGUGACCAGGUUCUACAAAUCAACGGUAAAGAUGUAGCAGGCUGGGACACAGACAAGGCUCACAAAUUUCUCAAGGAUGCUCCACCACAAAAGAUAACAUUUGCUGUUCGAGACAGACCAUUUGAGAGAACAAUCACCAUGCAGAAAGAUAGCCAGGGAUUCAUUGGCUUUGUGUUUAAGAAUGGUAAAAUUAAGUCUAUAGUGAAAGACUCCUCAGCUGCCAGAAAUGGCAUUCUCACAGACCACCAGCUUAUCGAAGUUAACGGCCAAAAUGUGGUGGGAUUGAAGGAUGACAGCAUUGGUGAAAUAAUUGAUGCAGGGGGCAGGACAAUUACAGUGACUAUCAUGCCAAGCUUCUUGUAUGAUCACAUCUGUAAAUGUAUGGGAAACAGUCUGAUCAAGAAGCUGAUGGACCACUCCAUUCCUGAUGUGUAACCUCCAACACAGUGGAGGGAAGUGACUUUACUGUAGAUUGCUUGGGUUUUAAAAGUGCUGAAAAUGAUUCCAAUCAUCUAAGAUUGCCAGCCAAAUAUAUCAAACUGUAGCACCUAACAGAAACUUAGCAUUGUUUUCUUUUAGGUCAUGCACUAAGUGAAUUGCCUGGAAUGGGGAUUUUAUAACUAAACUAUUACACUUAUUAUAUGUAUUUGUACUGUACAUAAUUGGCAAAUAGAUCUGUUUAAAUUACAUGAGCCAAUGCUUGAAGUGAACCGGUAAGAACUCUUUUUAGAAAGUUUGUUAUAGAUUUCUUUUAUGAGAAAAAAACGUGAACCCCAGUGUUGUUUUUCAAAUUCUGAACCAGUUCUGUGAUUAUAGAUACCUGUAUUGUUAUUGUAGUGAUUUCAAGGUCGUGUAAAAGCUGCUGUCAAUCAUCUGUUUGUGUAGCCAUACUUUUAAUCAUUCACUCCUGUAGUGUGUCAUGUUUAAUUUGUUGAUGUAUAUGUAUUUGUACAAAUGUUUUGAAAAUACCAUGUUCGAACUGACCAAAAGACUUAUUUACAAUUAAGUACCAUGCAGUAGAUGGUCUUACUUAGUUUUGCUUUCUAUUGAAUGACUCUUGUGUUUUGAUAAUGUAAAUCAAUGUAAGCAUUCCUCCGCUGAAAUGUCAAUGUAUUGAUCUUUGACUUUUUGCCUUAAUGGCUGACAUAUUUGACACAAUAUUUUUUGAGUGCUGUUCAAAGUCUUAUCCACCAGCAAUGCAUGUACCAUUUAUAGAUAUGAUGUGGGAUUAUUUUGCAGAUAGAUACAUAUACUUUACAGAUAGAUACAUAUACUUUGAAAUUUUAUCAAUGCAAACAUGUCCCAAUAAAAUUGUUGAGCCGCUUAUCGUUUAUGUUGUAUUUAUUUUUAUUGGUCAUUAAAAAAUUGUUGAAUACCAA